AUGCCAGCAGUCGAGCAACCAACCGCCAACGGCGUCAAUGGCCAUGCUGAGAGCAGCAAUGGCAACGGCCAAGGUCAUACUGCAAGGACGCCCAGCAUGACUGGCCUGUCCUUGACUGAGUACAGCGCCAACCCCACCCCACCGGGCACAUCAUCGCCGCCAUCAGAAGACAGGGACGCUCGCAUCAGGAAGAUCGUGCCGCCCGAGUUCAUCCUUCCCAAUGGCCACCCAGACUACCUGCGGCUCAUCCUGACUUCUAAGGUCUACGAGGCUUGCCGGGAAACAUCGCUCACCCCAGCUGUGAACCUGAGUAACCGUCUCGAGUGCAAUGUCCUGCUCAAGCGCGAGGAUGAGCACCCUGUCUUCAGCUUCAAGCUGCGCGGGGCCUACAACAAGAUGGCUCACCUCGAACCAGGCCAGAGCUGGAGGGGUGUCGUCUGUUGCAGCGCGGGCAACCACGCCCAGGGCGUCGCCUACUCAGCCCGCAAGCUCAAGAUCCCCGCCACUAUCAUCAUGCCCGAGGGUACACCGAGCAUCAAACACCUAAACGUCUCCCGGAUGGGUGGCCAUGUCGUUCUCCACGGCUCCGAUUUCGACGCCGCUAAGGAGGAGUGUGCUAGGAGGGAGCACCAGGAUGGUCUUAUCAACAUCCCUCCUUUCGACGAUCCCUAUGUUAUCGCUGGCCAGGGCACCAUCGGCAUGGAGCUGCUCCGCCAGACAAACCUUCAGAAGCUUGAGGCUAUCUUUUGCUGCGUUGGCGGAGGCGGUCUCCUGGCUGGCGUCGGUGUCUACGUGAAGCGUAUUGCCCCUCACGUCAAGGUCAUUGGUGUUGAGACGUACGAUGCAGAUGCCUUAACAAAGUCUCUUGCCAAGGGAGAGCGCCUCGUCCUCGACCAAGUCGGUCUCUUCGCGGACGGCGCCGCUGUCAAGCAGGUUGGAGAGGAGACUUUCCGCAUUUGCCAGGAGGUUGUUGAUGAGGUCAUAUUGGUCUCUACCGACGAGACCUGUGCCGCCAUAAAGGACGUUUUCGAGGACACGAGAUCCAUUGUCGAGCCUGCUGGCGCUCUGGCUGUGGCCGGCUUGAAGAAAUGGGUCGCCUCCCAUCCAUCUAGUGACCCGGCUCGGUCCCUCGUCGCUGUCACCAGUGGCGCCAAUAUGAACUUCGAUCGCCUCCGCUUCGUCGCUGAGCGAGCUGAUGUCGGUGCGGGCAAGGAAGUACUUCUGGCUUGCCACAUUCCUGAGAAGCCUAGGUCUUUCGCCAAGCUCAUCAGUGCCAUCCUGCCCCAUGCCGUCACCGAGUUCAGUUAUCGGUACGCCGCAUCUUCGGGUGCCAACGUGCUCCUCGGCCUGAGCCUGACGGCGCCGGCAUCUCAGCGAACACAGGAACUGCAGGGCCUGUUGCACCGUAUCGACUCGAUCAGCAGCGAAGAGAAUGGCCACUUCUCCGUCACGGAUCUCUCUGGCGACGAGCUUGCCAAAAGCCAUAUUCGAUACUUGGUCGGUGGGAUCUCUAAUGUUCCUGAUGAGCGUCUGUACAUGUUCAACUUCCCCGAAAGGCCGGGAGCCCUCGACAAAUUCCUCAACACGCUACGACCUAAAUAUAACAUCAGCCUGUUCCAGUACCGCAACUCCGGGGGCGACAUCGCCAAGAUCCUGGCUGGUAUUCUUUGCCCUGGUCAGGAGGUAGGAGAGCUGGAGAAGUUUCUCAAGGAAAUAGGCUAUCCGUGGGUUGACUGCACCGACUCGCAAGUCUUCAAGACCUUUCUGCGGGGCUGA